AUGGCCUACGACGCGAUCAUGGAACGCUCCUUGGCCGCCGCCAUCGAGAGCAGCGUGGCCGCCACCGCCGGCACCCUAAUCUGGUUGAUCCCGCCCCAACACCACCACCGCUCGUUCCAAGAACAGGAACCAGCAACUGCUGCUGCUGCCCGGCUUCUUCCUGACGAUGACGAUGACGACGACGAGGAGCACAUCGACAUCGCCGGCGGCGACGUCGUGGCCAGCCUGCUCGACGAGAUUAGCCCCCGUGACUCCGACCUCGACGAGCGGAUCCUCGAGUGCCCGGUGACGCAGCGGCUGGUGCUUCUGGCCAUGGCGAGCUUGCAGCAGGAGGUCGAUGUCGACGCGCAGAUCAGUAGCCUGCUCCUCGAAGCAGCAGAAGCGUACCGCGACGGCGGGUUCGGCGCGGUCCCCGCGGAUGCCGCUGCGGUGGCCAGCCUGGGGAAGCAAACGUUUCGCGCUGCCGGUGCCGGAGGAGACGGCGGCUCGGGAGAUCGUCAGAGCUGCUGCGGCGGCGGCGUCGCAUGUACCUGCUGCAGCGUAUGCUUGGAGGACUUCGAGGACGGCGACGAGAUGAGCGUGAUGCCGUGCUCGGGCGGGCACGGGUUCCACACCAACUGCAUCGCCGAGUGGCUGGGGCGCUACAGCAACAUGUGCCCUCUCUGCCGCCAUGCGCUGCCCACAGGCGGCUCGUAG